UGGCGACUGUGUUGACUCAGUAAGGAUCAGCUAUCCCUGCCCGCCUCUCUCUCAGCUCUCUACAGCGGCAUGCAGAGCCAGAGCUGACCCAGCCAGACAGACAGGGCCAGCUCCCCUCCCUGUCUCAAGCUCCGGAACCACAACAGGCACAGGACGCACCUCGAUCCAGCUGAGAUGCCCCUUCAUCGGCACCUCUCCUCUCUUCACACAUUCUGAUGACUUACCAUACAUACAAUUGUCAACCUUUUUGCUGGGCAGCAGGUGGAAAAAGCGUAAAACAACCACCGAUGGCUUCUAUGGGAUGUGGCCUGCGUAUCCAGGGCGAUGACAACCUCCAGUCCAUGAUUGUUGGCACAGUGAUGAGGAAGAUUAAGUCUCGCACCUGGAAGAAGCAGCGUUACUUCAAGCUGCAGGAGGACUGCAUGACCAUCUGGUACAAGUCCAAGAAGGCUGGGAACACCCACUCCACAUUCUCUGUGAAUGACGUGGAGACGGUGCGUGAGGGCCACCAGUCAGAGGUUUUGCUCAGCAUCGCAGACGAGUUUCCCCCGGACCGCUGCUUCACCCUGGUGUUCCGUGGUCGCCGUGGCAACCUGGACCUGGUGGCAGACUCGGCCGAUGAGGCCCAGUCCUGGAUCAAAGGCAUGAAGAAGCUGAUCGAGAACCUGGAGAACAUGGGCGAGAGUGAGAAGCUUGACCAGUGGAUCUGUGAAUGGUUUAAGAAGGCUGAUAAGAACAAUGACGGCAGAAUGAACUUCCCGGAGAUCAGGGUCCUGCUGAAGAUGAUGAACGUGGACAUGAACGAACAUCACGCUCACCGACUCUUCAUGACGGCAGACAAGUCUCAGACGGGGACUCUGGAGGAUGAUGAGUUUGUCCUGUUCUACAAGAUGCUGACCCAGAGAGAGGACAUUCUCAGGGUGUUCCAGGACUACUCUGGCGACGGACAGAAGCUGUCUCUGCGGGACCUGGAGGAGUUCCUGAGAGAUGAACAACUGGAGGAGGUGGACGGGGUUCAGCAGCUGGCCAUGGAGCUCAUCGAGCGCUACGAACCCUCCGACACAGCGAAGAUGCUGAAGGCCAUGUCUAUCGACGGUUUCCUGAUGUACCUGGCGUCGGCUGAGGGCUCCAUCUUCCACCCCAGACAGCAAAGCCUGUACCAGGACAUGACUCAGCCCCUCAACCACUACUUCAUCUCCUCUUCACACAACACAUACCUGAUGGAGGACCAGCUUCGAGGACACAGCAGUGUCGAGGGAUACAUACGGGCUUUGAAGCGAGGCUGUCGGUGUGUAGAAGUAGACUGUUGGGACGGUCCCAAUGGAGAGCCUAUCGUCUACCACGGACACACCUUCACCUCCAAGAUCCUCUUCAAAGAUGUUGUGAUCGCACUGAGAAACUAUGCCUUCAAGGUAUCAGAAUACCCGGUCAUCCUGUCCACCGAGAACCACUGCGGUGUUGAACAGCAGCGAGUCAUGGCCCAACACCUCAACACCAUCCUUGGGGACAAGCUGCUGAAAAGCACCCUGGAUGGAAAGAUACCCGUCAGCUUUCCUUCUCCUGAGGAGCUGAAGGGGAAGAUUCUUCUCAAGGGGAAGAAGAUCGGAGGUCUGGAGGAGAGUCUGAACGGGCCGGUGGAGCCGGAGGACUCCCUGACAGGAGAGGUGAGCGACGAGGACGAGGCGGCUGACAUCGAUGAGGACAGCCUCCACAGCAACAGCCUCCGACGCAUGGCCAAGAAAUCGAAGCAGCGUCUGUCAAAGGAGCUGUCGGACUGUGUGGUUUACUGCAAGAGUGUCCACUUCAGCAGCUUCAAGCACUCCCGCAUUCACUCCAAGUUCUACGAGAUAUCCUCCUUCACAGAGUCCAAAGCCCGCAAACACUUGAGAGAGGCAGGGGCAGAGUUUGUGCAUCACAAUGCCAGGCAACUGACCAGGGUUUAUCCCAGUGGCCUCAGAACAGACUCCUCCAACUUCAACCCACAGGAAAUGUGGAACACAGGGACUCAAAUAGUUGCGUUGAAUUUCCAGACGGCAGGGGUUGAGAUGGACCUCAACGAUGGACUGUUUAGUCAAAAUGGCCGCUGUGGCUACGUCCUCAAACCUGACUUCAUGAGGAUGCCAGAGAGGAGUUUCGAUCCGGAGGUUCCAAUUAACCGGGAAGGCUACCGACCCCUCAGUCUCUGCAUUCAGGUGAUCAGUGGACAGCAGCUUCCCAAAGUGAAUAUCAAGGAGAGCUCCGUUGUGGACCCGUUUGUGAGAGUGGAGAUCCAUGGAGUUCCUCUAGACCAGGCCAAGCAGGAGACCAGAUACAUAGACAACAAUGGAUUCAAUCCAGUGUGGUAUGACACUUUGCGGUUCACCAUACAUGCACCUGAACUGGCCCUGGUACGCUUUGUGGUGGAGGACUACGACAAGGCGUCAAGGAAUGAUUUUGUCGGACAGUAUACCUUGCCUUUCUCAUGUAUUCAGCAAGGAUACCGUCACAUCCACCUCCUGUCGAAGGACGGAACCAGUAUUCCUCCCGCCUCCUUAUUUGUACAUGUUAGAAUCACUAACCUGGUAUGAGCUGAACUCUAGAGAUUCCAGUCGCUGCUUACCUCCCUGGCAUUUACAAGACUUGUAGAUGGAACAGGUGGAAGGUGGAAGACGCUGAAGGUGGAAGACGCUGAAGGUGGAAGACGCUGAAGGUGGAAGACGCUGAAGGUGGAAGACGCUGAAGGUGGAAGACGCUGAAGAACAAACCAUCAUAGUUUCCCCAGGCAGUUUUGACAUUCAAGAGCUAGUUUCACAAACUAUGUAAGGAAUAGUUCCUGUAACUACUUCCUCAAAAUAGUAUGUAAUGUUGUGCAUAUACUAAGCCAAAUUUUUUUGUAGGUAUUAAUGUACUUUUAGAAAGUAUGAUUGGUGUGGUUUUCACUUGUGAUCUUACAAUUCUAUAUUUACAGUGUGUAUUCUCAAUCUGAUGUAUUACUGAAGAACUGGCUCUGGGAUGAUUCUGUUUUUCCAACUCUAUUUCAUCACAUGCUAGUCAACUACACAGCUGUACUUGAGAUUAUUUUUUUGUUUUGUUGCAAUGAUACUGUAUGUAGCGGAGAAGUGUGCCUCCACUGGUCAAGAGUAAUGACACAUUUCAACAUAAUUUAAGUCGGUCAUCUUAUCCACACCACAGUAUUUUCGAUGAACCAAGCUCCUCAAGAACGUAACAUUGAUGAGACUGUUUAGUUAGAGUUGCCUAGGCUUACUGCAGGACACAUUUCCUCCCUCUUUUGCCUAUUGGCAAGUUUUGGUUUAAAAUGGGUUAUGACGCCAAUGAAACCUAAUAUACUCCAGUCCUCUCUCUCUCUCUCUCUUUCUCUAAUGCAUAUUAUAAUUUCCAUGAACAAUAUUCUGAACAAUUCGUUUAGUAUAAACAGCAAUAACAGCGGGAUUAAAAAAUGCCUCAACUUGUGUCAUCUGUUUUGGAUCAUUUUAUAGAAGAUGUAAAUAUUUUCUGCUGGGUUAAUAGUUGUAUAUUUUUGUACACGCACUGUGUGUGUUCGUGAUGUAUAGCAGGGGUCUCCAACCCUGUUCCUAGAGAGCUACCCCACUGUAGAUAUUUUGCUCCAAUCCCAGUUGUAACUAACAACCAGCUUUAUCAACCAACUAAUUAUUAGAAUCAGCUGUGCUAGAUUAGGGUUUGGAGUGAAAAUCUACAGGACGCUCGCUUUCCAGGAACAGGGUUGGAGAUCCCUGAUGCAUAGCCUAUUGUAUUGUGUUAUAGCAUACCUAUUAACUCUUUUGUAUUAUUGGCCAGUUCAGACUUCAUAGACCUAUAUUAUUUGUAUAUGUAUUUAACUAUGUAUGCAUGUUUCUACAGUAUUUAGUUAUUUGCCAUAUCCAUUUGCAAAUAAAGAUGAUUUUCAAUUA